GGGUUCCGUGGAUUUGGGAUCGGCGGGAGAUUUUGUUCCCGGUAUCCUGAUAUGUUGCGCUGGAAGUUAAUUGGGGGAGUGACUAGGUAGGUAUUUUGUGAGAGGGAAAGGUGGAGCGUACGGUUUCGAUGUAUUCGCCUUUGGUGGCUUUGGGGGGCAUUUUGAUGCGGAUUGGGAUUGAUGGGCUGUGUGGUUUAUUGACAAUGAGUUGGUUAACUGAUAACUUGCGAUGCCGAUAGCAGGGUUGCUAUCGGGCGGUGAGUGGUGCCGGAACCGAUUCCGCUAUGGGGGGUUUUGGGCGGUGUGGGUGAUUAGCGCUAGGGAUUCUUUGGGAAGGCGGUCUUGGGCGAUUUGUGCGCUAGUGGGAGCUCAUGGACCCAGCUUUUGGGGUUUAGGGGGUUUGAGAUGGGAUUCUGUACCGCGGAUAUUUCGACCAUAUAGACUGUUGUUGGGAUUUGUGUUGGUUUGGUUUAGUGGCAUACUAGCUAUUGGGGUUAAAGUCCGUAGAAUUGAAAUAGAUUUCGAAAGGCGCGAUAUUCAGUCCGAGGCUCCGACAUGCAAAAAACCUCCAUCAUUCCACGAACUUGUUGUGACAGUUGGACAAAAGUUCUGCCAGUGGAAUGAGACAAGCUCCCCACUUGAUCGGAUGCAUUUAUCAUGAACCAGUCACCAACUAUUCUUCGCACAAGUUGGACAUCUCGACAGAUGGAUCUAUCGCUCCAGCGAUCAAUAUCGUCACAACAACCCAAUCUGUCUCACUUUCCCUCCACAAUCAAUGCCAAUUAUCAGCUUCCUUGAAAAAAAAAAAAAAAAAGAAAAAGAAAGGCAAGAUACUAUCUAUCAUCGGGGAUUAAAU